UUCAGGCAUAUCAGAUGCAGGAUUUUUUAUAGGAACGUUCACGUGUACCGCCGAGGUAAACAAGUUGUAGCAGGCUGAAGACGCUGGUUGACUCUUUUACACUGUGAGAGCAUCUUAGAAGAAGGAUGGCAUCAUCUUCCAAAUCAUCUUCCAUUCAAGAUGCUCAGGGUCAGCUGCAGGAAGUUUUGGGAAACCUUGGAGAACUUGAGAGUGAGUUGGACCACGUCCGCAGCCGUAUUGAUGCACUAGUCCAAAGGCAGGACAGUCUCCUAAGUGAGAAGCAAGAGCUGAAGACCAAAGCGGACCAGUUGCAGACUCUGUGCCAGAGACUGCAGACGGAACGUGGGGACUUCCAGAAGUCAGAUUUUUCCUGGUCGUCAGAGCUUCAUCGCUUGAAGACAUCUGUCUUUGGCAUCAAGUCCUUGAGAGCCAUGCAAGAGCAAGUGAUGAACACCACACUGUCCGGUCGAGACUGCCUUCUGGUUAUGCCAACAGGGGCCGGCAAGAGUCUGUGCUAUCAACUACCUGCCCUCCUCUCUGAUGGCAUAACCUUGGUGGUGUCUCCUCUCGUUUCACUGAUGGAAGACCAAACUUUAGCCUUGGAACAGCUUAGCAUCCCAGCAGCCUUAUUGAAUGCAAGCACACCUCCAGAUAAGUUGAAAGCAACCAAUGCAGCCAUGUUGGAUCCCAAGGCCUCCCUGCGUCUGCUGUACGUCACCCCAGAGAAGAUCGCUAAGAGUAAACGCUUCAUGGCCCAGCUCCAGAAGUGUUACAUCAAGGGACGGCUGGCCAGGAUCGCUAUUGAUGAAGUGCACUGCUGCAGUCAGUGGGGCCACGACUUCAGGCCAGAUUAUAAGAUGCUGGGUGUUCUCAAGCGACAGUUUCCUGAGGUGCCCGUCUUGGGAUUGACUGCCACGGCUACAGCUGGUGUGCUUGAAGAUGUCAAGAGCUUGCUGAACCUGCACGCUUGCGUCAUACUCCGGUCCAGCUAUAACAGGGCUAAUCUGUUCUAUCAGGUCCGGGCCAAGCCAAGCAGCGAAGCACUCUUUACUGAAUUGCUCGUGCAGUUGCUCAAUGGACGUUACAAAGGCCAAUCAGGCAUCAUCUACUGCUUAUCCAAGAAGAACACGGAGCAGGUAGCCCUUGCCUUGCAGACUAGCAAUAUCCGGGCUGAGCCUUACCAUGCAGAUCUGGAUGCCGGCGUUCGUAGCGCAGUCCAUGGAAGAUGGAAGAGUGGCCGGACGCAGGUUGUGGUAGCGACCAUAGCCUUUGGCAUGGGUAUUGACAAACCGGACGUGCGGUUUGUGAUCCAUCACACCCUCAGCAAGUCGUUGGAGAACUACUAUCAGGAAAGCGGCCGAGCAGGUCGGGACGACAAGCCAGCCGACUGCAUCCUGUUCUUUCAGUCGCCCGACAUGUUUCGUCAGAGCGCCAUGGUCAUGGUGGAACAGACUGGACUGCAGAAACUCUACGCCAUGGUGGCAUACUGCAUUGAUAAACACAGGUGUCGUCGGCGCAUACAGGCAGAACAUUUUGAUGAGAGAUGGGACGCCAGCAAGCAAAAGUGCAAUGCGAAGUGUGAUAACUGCAAAUACAAGGAACAAGUUCAUGACUUGAAACUGAACGAUUACUAUGCCAGCAUGCUGGACAUAUUGCAGACCGUAGCCAAGAAGAAGGAGCGCGUCACAGCGUUGAAGCUGGUGGACAAGUGGUUGGCAAAGAAACCAACUCACAGACUUGAAGGCGCAAAGCCAUCCCCACUGACUCGCGUCGAUUGUGUGUCCAUCCUCUGCUACCUCCUCCUGGAGGGCUAUCUGAAAGAGGACUUUCACUUCACGCCCUAUGCUACCAUCAGCUACAUCUUACCAGGGCCUAAGGCAUCUUCCUCCCUCACCCAGCCCAUCGUCUUCAAGUUUCGCUCCUCUGGAAGCGAGCUCUCAAAAGCUGGAGAUGCUCCUCCUGAGAAAUUCGCCGUGAAGACUCCCUCAAGCGGUUCUAAGAAUAAGAAUCUAGCGGGAGGUUCAAGUUGUUCCUCCCCUACAACUUCAUCUGGAAGACCGACAAGCAAGGAAGCUAAGAAACAAAGAGAAGGGGUUCCCGAUACAAAGAGAAAAUCUGGAAAUAUGAGUGGUAGUAGGGAUACUCCAAAUAAGAAACCAAAGGUUUAGGAUUCUUCCAAGGUUAUAGUUAUACUUUGAAAUUCAGAAUACAAAGUGAUAUGGGCUCCGUGCACAAGUUCUCCUUCAACAGCCAGAAAAAGGAGAGUUGGGGGAUACCUAGACUGGUUUCCAGUCCAUUCACUGCGUAUUUCGAAUGAUCCAAAGUUAUUGGGGGCAGGGAUUAGUCUGGGAGACCAUCACAAGUUAAAUUCGUACGCAUUCACGCUAAGACGCUGUAAGCUGUGCGUACUUCGCGCGCGAACCAGUACAGUUCGCACACGCUGUGUGUCCCGUCCACGGCGCUCUCAAAAGUGGUAAAAAUGCGCCCUCUUUUGUUGGCACAAGGAGCCCAUGUGUUCAGAUCUUGAGAUUAAUCCCAGCAGUCCUCAGUAACAAAUUAGUAAUGCCAUUUUUUGAUGAAAAAUGUAAUUGUCACUUCUUCAAGAAACGGUAACGUCAUUGUAAAGCCGCUUAGAAAUGUUUAAAGUACAGAAACAUAGUUUUCAUUUUUGUCAGUAAAAUGUGCUGUCUAAGGCCCGCGCUAAAUGCCUUAGUACUACCGAUCUGAACUCACAUGAACUAAGGUAGGCAAUUGCUCACCUAUUGCACGGCAGCUGCUUUAAACGCUGAACUUCAUAGUCGAACAUAAUGCAUCUGUCCAGGUAAAAUAUUACAUUCAAGCAGUUCAGUGAACGUUGAGCGCGAUCAAAUAUUUGCGGCAAUUUCACUCCUCGUGAUGCGGACACGAGGGAGGGUAUUACGAGCAUUCGUAUUGUAAAGUGCUUGUUCCAACUUCGAAUUGAAUGGAGCUCGGCACGGCAAUGGCACGGUGUUUAGAACGGAUAGUGCCGUGAGGAACUCAAUUUGCCAAGCCUAGUGGAUUUAAACGCCCUGCUAUCGCCAUGCUGCAUUAAAAAAUGUCAUAUUAAUUGAGUUUGGCACAGCAGAAUCACGGCAUUUAGAACGGCCAUACCGGACCAUUGCCUUUUUAUCAAAGCUGAGACUGUAAUAUACAGCGAUGUGCCCAAAAUAAUUUUUGCGUGGUACAUCAUUUUUGCAUGGUAUAUGUAUAAAUUGGGGGCCAUCUUGGUCAGGUACCCCACACCAAAUGCAUGUACUUUGUGAAGUGGCUGUGGGUGCCAGUUUCCUUCAGCCAAAGCUUGCCUUUAUUCUCCAUCUAAACGAAUUCAUCAAAGAGGAUUAUGUCAGUCUAUUGUAAGGGAUGCCUGUUGCAGUAGCUGUUUAUGUUUCUUCUGUUUAAAAAAAAUAUAUUCAUUCGCAUAAAAUUUAUGUGAAGUAUUUGUAAACAGAUGUGAUACUUGUAUUCAUAAGUACCUGAGACAGUUUACCCUUCCUAUUGGUAGAGAGCCUGUCAGCCGGUUGAUAAGACACUGUCUGGUUGGUUUUAAACACUUUUCCGGUGUCACAUGAAAUGUCGACUCCUAUGAAAUCUGGUCCCUUUUACCCUUUUA